AAUAACCGAGUGGGCUUUCAUUUUUAUUUUUUUGUUAUAUAUAGUUUUUAUAAAAUUGAAAUGCGAUUUAGAAACGACACAAUAGAUGUUUUGGACCUUUAUUAACUUGGCAUGCAUCCAAUCAAAUUUCGAGUGUUUACAAAAUUAAAAGCUAGCUUUGUCCAAUCACAAGAUCGAUUGCCGAAGACCCAGCAUUAUCCCAUCAAUCGCAAAUUAUCGAAAGCUUCUCCAUUGGACCACAAUUUGAGUGUGAAUCAAAUAAAUAAGAUUAAAAAUCAAUUAUGGACGCAACAGAUCAAAGAUAUGCGACCGAGCUCCGAUGAGAAAUUGAAGACUUUUAGAUUGCGCAUGGAGACUUUUACGGAUUCAGUGGAAAAGUAUAACUGUUUGAUGGCCCUACGAGACAACGAUCUAGAAUUGUAUCAAAAUUAUCUGUGUAAAUACCUUGUCGAUGUGUUGUCUAUAUUCAAUGCGAUCAAUGGCCCUGCUGCUCCGUGGGGUCCAGAGAGCACCGAAUCUCUGUACAGUAUUAAUCGAUUUCCUAGUUUUGAGAGGGAGUUUACGAAAUGGACGAAUAAUCCAACUGAAUGGCUGGAGAGGCAGGAUCAUUGCAUAAAUGAUCCAAUGAUCAAGAAGAGUUCUGCGCUGGGCAUGCAUGUUUCCGAGUUCUUAAAUUCUGAUUGCUUGCUGUUUUUAAAAUAUUGGGGUUCCCACUUCCAUUCUAAAAUCAGGAGAAAUCUGGUCCAGAUGAGCUGCGGUGAUAAUAACCACACCAAAUCAAUGGACAGCAAUACUGAUAUGGAAAGUAAAGAGGAAGUAAUACAAUUACGAAAAUGCAUACGCACCUUCCAGGAUGUUUUGGACUAUGUAAAGCCACAUUAUCCCUAUCGCGACAAGGGCCUGGCCGUCUUUACCAGCGGCGGCGACUCGCAGGGCAUGAAUGCGGCGGUGAGAGCCUGUGUGCGUAUGGCCAUCUAUUUGGGAUGCAAGGUCUACUUCAUCCGGGAAGGCUACCAGGGCAUGGUGGAUGGUGGCGAAUGUAUCCAGGAAGCAUCGUGGGCAUCGGUCUCGUCGAUUAUACACCGUGGUGGCACGAUCAUUGGCUCAGCCCGUUGCCAGGACUUUCGUGAGCGCGCCGGCCGCCUAAAGGCCGCCAACAACCUGAUCCAGCGGGGCAUUACCAAUCUGGUGGUAAUUGGCGGCGAUGGCUCCCUGACCGGCGCCAACUUGUUCCGUCAGGAGUGGCCCAGCCUGCUGGACGAGCUCUCGAAGAAUGGCACCAUUAAUGCCGAGCAGAAGGAGAAGUACAAUGUGCUGCACAUCGUCGGCUUGGUGGGAUCGAUUGAUAACGAUUUCUGUGGCACGGACAUGACCAUCGGCACGGAUACCGCACUGCAUCGCAUUAUCGAGGCGAUCGAUGCCAUUUCCAGCACCGCCUACUCCCAUCAGCGCACCUUCAUUAUGGAGGUCAUGGGUCGUCAUUGCGGCUAUUUACCAGUUGUAGCUGGCGUUAUAUCCGAGGCAGAUUAUGUCUUUCUGCCAGAGUCUCCGCCUCCGCAAGAUUGGCCCGAUAGACUGAUACUCAAACUGGAACAGGAACGUAAGGCUGGCCAACGUCUGAACAUUGUUAUUGUUGCGGAGGGCGCCAUGGACCGCGAAGGCCACCCAAUUACCGCUGAGGAUGUGCGAAAGGUGAUCGAUGAGCGUCUCAAACACGAUGCUCGCAUCACUGUGCUGGGCCAUGUGCAGCGUGGCGGCAAUCCCAGCGCCUUCGACCGUAUAUUGGCCUGUCGCAUGGGCGCUGAGGCCACUCUGGCCCUGAUGGAGGCCACAGAAGUAUCGGUGCCAGUUGUCAUUUCCCUGGACGGCAACCAGACGGUUCGUGUGCCAUUGAUGGAGUGUGUUGAACGCACCCAGGCCGUGGCCAGGGCCAUGGCGGAGCACCGUUGGGCGGAUGCCGUUAAGCUGCGAGGACGUUCGUUUGAACGCAAUCUGGAAACCUACAAGAUGUUGACCCGGUUGAAGCCGCCCAAGGAGUGCUUCGAUGAACAGGGCAAGGGCAUUGAGGGCUACAGGCUGGCCGUGAUGCACAUCGGUGCCCCAGCCUGCGGCAUGAAUGCGGCCGUGCGCAGCUUUGUGCGAAAUGCCAUUUAUCGCGGCGAUGUUGUCUACGGCAUCAACGAUGGCGUCGAGGGUCUCAUUGCUGGCAAUGUACGCGAGCUGGGCUGGUCUGAUGUGUCUGGCUGGGUGGGCCAAGGUGGCGCCUAUUUGGGCACUAAGCGUACGCUGCCCGAGGGCAAAUUCAAGGAGAUCGCUGCACGUCUCAAGGAGUUCAAGAUCCAGGGUCUGCUGAUCAUUGGCGGAUUCGAGAGCUAUCAUGCCGCUGGCCAAAUCUCUGAUCAGCGUGACAAUUAUCCAGAAUUUUGCAUACCCAUUGUGGUCGUUCCGGCCACCAUUUCGAACAAUGUGCCUGGCACUGAAUUCUCGCUGGGCUGCGAUACUGGCCUCAAUGAGAUAACCGAAAUCUGCGAUCGCAUUCGCCAAUCGGCUCAGGGCACAAAGCGACGCGUGUUUGUUAUUGAGACAAUGGGCGGAUAUUGCGGUUAUCUGGCCACACUUGCUGGCUUGGCCGGUGGCGCCGAUGCUGCCUAUAUAUACGAGGAGAAGUUCUCCAUCAAGGACUUGCAGCAGGAUGUCUACCACAUGGCAUCGAAAAUGGCCGAAGGCGUCUCCCGCGGUCUGAUCUUGCGCAACGAGAAGGCCAGUGAAAACUACACCACCGACUUCAUCUACCGCCUGUAUUCGGAGGAGGGCAAGGGUCUCUUCACUUGCCGCAUGAACAUCUUGGGUCACAUGCAGCAGGGCGGCUCGCCCACACCCUUCGAUCGUAACAUGGGCACCAAGAUGGCCGCCAAGUGUGUCGACUGGCUGGCAACCCAGAUCAAGAAUAACAUCGAUGCCAAUGGAGUGGUUAACUGUAAAUCGACCGAUACGGCAACCCUGCUAGGCAUCGUUGCCCGUCAAUAUCGUUUCAGCCCGUUGGUUGACCUCAUUGGCGAGACCAACUUUGAUCAACGCAUACCGAAGAAACAGUGGUGGCUGCGUUUGCGUCCACUGUUGCGAAUCCUGGCUAAGCAUGACUCUGCCUACGAGGAGGAGGGCAUGUACAUUACUGUCGAGGAGGAGUGCGCCACAGAUGCUGUCGCUUAGACAGUUCGGACAGUUCAAAACAAAAAGAAAAUGUACUACUUAUCAUGCCCAGUGCACAACACAUCGUAGAAUCAAUAUGUUUUAUUUAAAUUUCACACGCGCACAUGCCCAAAUUAACCGAAUGCUGUUAUUCCAUUUGAAUGAGUACACGUCGAUAUAUUAGUAGAAUAAAAAUGUCUCAGCUCAGGUCAAAGUUAA